GGCACAUCAAUCAAGUGCAUCAUCGCCCAAAAUCUCAGCCGUGCGUAUAUUACGGACUAUCGGCAAACGUUUUUCCGGCGUCUGAGCUUUCAACCGCGAACCUCUAUUCACAUGGGGCUUGAACACUGGAUUUCCAGAGCCUGAACGAACGAGAAAUCAUUCACGCAAGCGUUUCUUUCAUCCUCGCAACUUCAUUCACAAUGGCUGGUCACGAUCAUGUACUCGCGGUAGACCCCGCGUUGGUCAAAUAUAGCAAUAUGUCUACCAAUCGCCACAAGUAUUUCCGAUGGACGGGUCGUACUGCCGCGAUUUCAUUUGUCUUUGGAGCGGUCAUUCCGAGUAUUGUUGGGUAUAUGGCUAUCAAGACUGAAGGAAAAUGGGAUAUGCGAGGAAAGCGUAGGGGUGAUACGAUUGCGGAAUUCUAGAUGGUGAUGAAGGGGAGGGAGAAGAGGAUGGGGGGAAUACAAGAAUGAGGCAAAGAUCGAAUGCGGGAAGCUGUACAUAUGUGGAGGGAGAUAUCAUGAGAUGCUAUGGGAAAAGAGAGAGCUAUGGAAUUGAGUUUGCAUUCUUCACCAUCGUCGUUUAGUGCAUGGUCUUUUGAUAUGGGUAUUGAUAUUUACUCGACUUUGGUAAUUUUCAAUACAGCUUUUGCAGGACUGACCUAAUAUGUUUCUAAGAAACGAACCGAUUACCACCCAUCCG